CUCCUAAACUAUACUUCUUCAUCAGGGAGUCACCCUAAAACUAAUCACGCCAUCACCUUUUUGUCCAACUGUAGAUGAUAAUCCUAUUUGAGCUUCACCUAUCAAUGAACCGAGUGUGUGUCGAGCUCCUAGAUUUCCGCCACUAAAAAUACAUGACCACGGUAAGACACAAACCCUCUACUACACGAUUGGAUUAUUGAAACUAACUUAAUCGGAUUUCGAUAUUCAUAACACCAUUCAAAAGCGAUAGACCUCACAGAUCUUGUGCCUGGAGACAACAACUGCGAUUUUCAUUGUUAAAAAAGAAAAGCCAGACUAAAGCCAAGAGGUUGGAGCAUGGAAGCAUGCACAGAGAAGUAAUCCAGCCGUGGGCUGAUCAGAUUAAGUGAAUCAACACUACAUGGUCAUCUAUCUAUAGGUCUAUGGAUACAUUUUCUCUGGGUGAUUAUUGUUUCUUUGUUUUGUAUCUCCUUGAAAUGUAAAAUAUUACAUGUAUCUCAAAUUGCAAGUUUGGAAUGUAAUAAUUUAAUAAUUAGGCUUGGAUUAGGAUAUAAUUAGGAUUGUAGCAGAAGCAGUGAUCUCAGGUAUGUCUCUUGAACCCACUUUUUUUAUCCUCUUACAAUUAUAACAUCACACUGUGUUUUUGGAACCAAUCCAUUAGAUUCAAUGGUUACAAAAAACUUUAUCGCUAUCAUAAAAACAUGUUUAGAAAUAGGAUGACAAAAAACCAUUACAAAACAGUCGGUUUAAAAAUCAAUGGUAACCAAAGAAGUUAAAAAACACUAAGAAAAUCUCAGGACCUCCAUCAUAAAAUAUGACAUCCAAAGAUGGCCGGAACUCCGGAAGCCAUCAUGUGCAAGAUCUUGAUACACUUGUUGCCCUUUCCCCAAUCAUCAACCAAUUCCGUCCAUUUUUAGAGAAAUAGUUUGUGUAUAAAGCUAUGUGGUCUUUGCUGUGAAGGAUGAUUGCAUCCGCAUCCUAUUUAAAUAGGAAGUUGAGCAUUGCCAAUUAGUUGAAACAAUAAAUGAGUUUACUAUUACACCACCCAUCCUGACCAAUAGAAAUCAAGCAUUGAAAACACCAAAUCUUUGCCUUCAUUUUACACGUACACACUAAGAUUUCACCACCUGGUUGAACCAAUAGGAGAUUUGUAGAAUUGUGCAAGCAAACCUACCUUUUUUGAUGAAUAGUGUAACCGCAUGCAUCAACCAAUAGAAACAUACGAUGUGUUUUGGUGAACUGUUAACCUUUUUGUUGGCCAAUAAAAAUUGGACAAUUUUGAUCUCACCAACAUGUGCAAAUCACAUUCUCGUGCCUUCAAAAAUCUGAGCACAAAAAUUGUUUUUGCAAUAAUUUUUGAUGAAAAAUGAACUAAACCAUGAUGUUGACAUAAAUGGGAGGGAACACUAUUCACAAAAAAACUGCUCCUUUAGAUAUUAAUAGAUUUUAGAGCAAAUAAAGCAGAUGUGUACUUCACCGUAACAUCAUUGGGCUCGGAGGUCACCGAAGGACCAAUGGUGGUGGCGGUCACUUACCCUCCCACAGCGUUGACCUCCACCGUCACCAUCAGAUCACAACUCACAAGUGGUCUAGCUUUCCUAGUGCCUCCUCCCAAUGCUCUCCCAUUCCUUCAUCGCCGCCGGCUUCAACUGCUCUUUUGUCCUCAACUCUUGCUCCUAUGACAUUGUCAUCUACGACAAUUCCAACUUUGGGUCUUCUGGGCCGCCACAUCACAAACCAUUCCUGCGGUUUUGUUCCUCAUCAGUAGAUCAACCAUGCAUGUACUCUUACUUCUGCCAUACUGGAAUACCACACAUGCCUACAAGGACAACACCUUGACACUAUUCCCUUUCCCGAAGAUCAAUGUGACAAAGCACAAGAUUGGGAGCCUCAAGAUUCCGUGGGAGUUAGAUUUGUUCUUCAAAGGGGAUGAUAGUGAUAUGAAGCGGGAAGGGCAUGGGGCGGGACGGGCUUGAGCCCACCUUCGUGGGCUCGCUGCGAGCAAUUUAAUUAAUUUUAAUUAUUCCUUUUAUUUUGUUUCCUAAUUUAUUUUGUUACCUAGUAUGAUUUAAUUAGGACUUCUAUUAAUUAGAGGUUUCCUAUUUCUAUUUAGUUUCCUUGAAUGGUUUAAUUGGACUCCUAUUAUGUUUCUUACUAUGAUUUAGUUUCCUAUUCAAUUUUGGAUGUAAGGGUUAUAUAAACCCCUGCUUAGGCUUAUUCAAAUCAGGCAUUAAUAAUAUUGGUUUUAGCUAUUUAGCUCUGGGCAACGGAUCCAGCCGUUGAUUAUUUUGGGCAACGGGUUACCCCGUUGAUUUUAUUUUUCUGUUCUUAUCAAUUGGUCCGACCUGCCGGAUCCCGUCCCGCCAAGAUGACGAGAUCUCAAAAUGAUCGAUUGACAGAGCUGGAGAACGAACAAACUCGUAUGAGAGAAGAAGUGACCCGGAUAAGGGCCGAACAGGCAGAGCAUGGUGGCAAGCUGUCGGAGAUCAUCGCCUCACUAGCGGCGUUGACCCAGGCGAUGGUCCCGCCGGUCACACCGAAGAAAGCCGCGGAUGGCGUGGGUCGAAUCCCGGCAACCGAGCUGCAUGGAGAAGGCGUGCUGAGCAAUCCAACUAUAACGCUGCUUCCGUCGUUCGAUGGGGGAGACCCAAUUGGGUGGAUCGCUCGGGUAGAGCAACAGUUCGAAUUACACAACACUUUACCGGAAAAGAAGGUGGUUGCCGUGAUGGUAGCUAUGGAAGGAGGAGCGCUUUACUGGGUGACCUGGCUGAGAUCGCGCAGACCUGGGAUGACUUGGGCAGAUUUCAAGCAAGCCUUGGUGGACAGAUUUGAUUCUCGAUUUCAGGGGAAUAAGUAUGAACGAUUGUCCGGAGUCAGGCAAAUUGGGUCUAUAGAAGAUUACAAUAUCUUGUUUGUUCAGCUAGCAAGCCAAGUUCUAGGGUUACCCGAUGAGCACUAUUUGGGAUAUUACAUGAGCGGUCUUAAGGAGAUAAUCCGAAGCUCGCUGCGAUUGCUCCGACCAAACAACCUGGAGAUGGCUAUGGAAUUAGCUUGCGAAGUGGAGUAUAAUCUGUCCGUCCAAAGUGGAGAAAGUGGCAGCCUGAAUUAUCAUUCCUCAGGGGUACGUUCUAGCAGCCUGUUAAGGGCAAACACAGGUUCCCCGUUGACUGCCAUUGGUGGCAGCUUACAGGGUUCGGAGGGCAGCUUUGCGAAAGAUAGUGGACAACCUCCGGGGAUGAAGUCAGGGUUGUCUGGGCAGCCUACGACACGCUCUCAGUUCACUCGACUUCCGCCAGCAGAACUGCGGGCGAAAGGAUUAUGCUUUAGGUGCAAGAAACCAUUUACACCAACACAUGACUGUCCCUUUAAGCAGCUGCGGGUAAUGAUAACUGAGGAGGAUGAAGAGUUGGACCUCAAGCAGCAUGAAUUCUGUGAAAUAACCGGCCAAGAAAAGGUCCCGGAAAGAGAAGAAGGAUAUUUUCCAGUCUAUACUAUGUCUGGAAAUUUCAGUUCCCGAUCCGCGAGUUUUCAACCUUGAGGACAAGGUUAAUUUUAAGGAGGAUGGAUUGAUAUGAAGCGGGAAUAGCAUGGGGCGGGACGGGCUUGAGCCCGCCUUCGUGGGCUGGCUGCGAGCAAUUUAAUUAAUUUUAAUUAUUCCUUUUCUUUUGUUUCCUAACUUAUUUUGUUUCCUAGUAUGAUUUAAUUAUGACUUCUAUUAAUUAGAGGUUUCCUAUUUCUAUUUAGUUUCCUUGAAUGGUUUAAUUAGGACUCCUAUUAUGUUUCUUACUAGGAUUUAGUUUCCUAUUCAAUUUUGGAUGUAAGGGUUAUAUAAACCCCUGUCUAGGCUUAUUCAAAUUAGGCAUUAAUAAUAUUGGUUUUAGCUAUUUAGCUCUGCGCAACGGAUCCAGCCGUUGAUUAUUUUGGGCAACGGGUUACCCCGUUGAUUUUAUUUUCCUGUUCUUAUCAGAUAGGUCUUGCAAGGUUAUUUCAGUCAACAGAUCCGACGAGAUUGAUGGGUACCAUCAGAUUUGGAACUACACAUUGUUGCGGAAUGGACCAAAAGAGCCAUUGAAAGAAACACAACACUAGUAUAGAUGUGCAGCCAAAUGACCGAGUACAUAAAUCAGUGUCCAUAUGGCAGACAAGCGGACUAGGUAGCCAUAGUUUUGGCCUGGUCAAGCUUAUCCCUUAUUGCUUCCCAAAAUGCAGGCAUGGCUAUAUCGUCAGGGACUUCUUUGAAAGAAGGCAGGUAGUUUACAUCCACGAUGAUGUGGUCACCUGUGCCAUCCUGAAUCACGACGUCAAAGCCUAAGAUUGUGAGGUCUAACGUACUCCGGAGCCAAUUAGCAGCAUCAGUCACAAGUUGAAGAUUGAUAACUUUAUUAGUACCACAACUCUUAGACUCGGUAUCUCCAGAUUGUGUGUUCUCUUUAUCCAUAGGCAGAGAUUGUAAGCUGUCAAACAACAAUGGCUUUAACUCAUUUCCCUCAGAUAGUUUCAUCAAGGUGUCUGCAUUAGGUGUAGACUUCUUAAUUGCAUAAAAAACCUUCUUCCCCACAACAUAGAAUUUAUACAAAGUAGAUGAAUGAUCC